AUGUUAAAUAAUGAAUUAAAUGAGUUUGUUAAGAAAGCAUAUAAACAUAAUUUAUUAAGUAAUACAUUUGAAUAUAGCUAUUAAAGCUCCUCUGAUAUCUAAGUUGAAAAUAAGAAAUCAAUUAAUAAGUGGAUCAGUUAGCAAAGUUUAAAGUAAGAAAUAAUCAAGAAAAGCAACAACAACAAUUGAACAUGGAUAACAAUAAAAAAUUAGUGAAGAAUUCACAGGGAGAAGCAGUUCUAAAUUAUCUAGUUCAAUAUUAUUACGACAAGAAAGAAGAAGUACAUAAUCUCCUUAGAAAUUGAUGAGAAUUCUAUCCAUUACUCAAGAAGUGCCUUAAUAAUUAGCUGAUGUUUUAGGAGAAAUUAGUCGAAUUGAGUAAGAAUCAGACAUCAAAUUAAAAUGUAAGACAAUAUAGAUUAGAAAUAUAAGGAUAACAAAAUAAUAAUUAAUCAAAUAUCUACAAAGGCAUUUUCCUGAUAUUAUAUGUGAAUAAAUUGCAAAAGUCUUUAAAAUACCUUAAAUUCUGAGCUUUAAUUAAUACUAACAAUGGAUAUAAAAAAUCGAAAAUUUAGAUUUGAAAUAGUAAAUUCGAUUAUGCUUUCUCGUGUAUGAUAUAAAUAAUUAAGCAGAAAUAACAACUCAUAAUUUGGUUGAAUUAUUAAAAUAAAAUACUAAUCCAUCAAUUGAAUUGGAUAUUCUACAUAUGAUUAAAUAAACAAAGGUUUAAAUAUCAAAUCAGAUUAAUCAUGAUAUUAAACAAAUGAAUUCAUAUACUUUACCUAUGAGUGUCUUGAGAGUUAAAUUAGAUUAGAGUGUAAUUCUCUAAUAAAGGAGAUAAUCAGUUAUUUCAAAUGAUGGUAGAGGAAGAUUAUUUGGAAAAGUUAGUUAAAGGAAUUCCUUUGAUAUAAAUAUUGAUAUGGAUUAAGAUUGUACAAUAAAUUAAUAAAAAAAUACUCCAACAAAGAAAAAGGUUAUGUUAAUUACUCAAAUUAAUAAAACAGAAUAAGAUUUUAGUUUUUAAGGCGUUUUAUAAUAUAAAUCAGAAAGAAAGAAAAGAAAAAGUAAAAUAAUUAAAGAUGAAAAUAAAAUUAGUAUAGAUUUAAAUGGAUUUAUAAAUAUUUGGUUUCCUUAAAAGCCAAAUUUGUUUAAUGAUAUAGUAAGAAUUUUAACUGCUAAACCGUGA